CGGUCUGCCCCAAGACAGACUGGAGAGAAUGGCUGCCAGUGGAGAGGUAGGGAAGCUGUUACAAGUACAGAAUGGGACACCACCAAGCACCAACUACAAUGGGGUAGAUGCUGUCCAUGCCUGUAACAUCCUUCAGCAGCUCAAAGCCUUGUAUGAUGAAGCACAGCUCACAGACAUUGUAGUGGAAGUGGACCAUGGCAAGACCUUUUCAUGUCAUCGAAAUGUGCUUGCAGCAAUCAGUCCAUACUUUAGGUCCAUGUUCACCAGUGGCCUUACAGAAAGCAGCCAGCGUGAAGUCAGAAUUGUUGGAGUGGAAUCAGAAUCCAUGCAUUUAGUCCUGGACUACGCCUACACGUCCAGGGUCACUCUGUCAGAGUCCAACGUCCAGGCCCUGUUCACUGCAGCCAGCAUAUUCCAGAUCCCAGCGCUGCAGGACCAGUGUGCCCAGUUCAUGAUCAGCCGACUGGACCCUCAGAACUGUAUAGGGGUCUAUAUGUUCGCUGAUGCAUAUGGACACCAGGAGCUGCGGGAGCGAUCCCAGGACUACAUCCGCAAGAAGUUCUUGUGUGUAUCCCGAGAGCAGGAGUUCCUCCAGAUGACCAAGGAGCAGUUGGUGAGCAUUCUGAACAAUGAUGACCUAAACGUGGAGAAGGAGGAGCAUGUGUAUGAGAGUAUCGUGCGCUGGCUGGAGCACGACUUACCUGGCCGCGAAGCCCACCUGGCAGAAGUCUUUUCACAGUGUAUCCGUCUACCACUCCUAGACGAAGCCUUCCUCAAUCGAAUACCCGCCCCGUUCGCCUGCGCCCUGUCUAUCUCCAAGGACCCGGCCGAGACUAAAGCACGUCUCACUGGCACCAACGGCUGCCCUCAGCGCCUGGGGAUGACCGCGUCUGAGAUGGUCAUUUGUUUUGACGCCGCUCACAAACACUCAGGGAAGAAGCAGACGGUGCCUUGCCUGGAUACUGCCGCAGGAAGAGUGUUCAAGCUCUGCAAACCACCAAACGACCUGCGAGAGGUAGGCAUCCUGGUGUCCCCAGAGAACGACAUCUACAUUGCCGGGGGCUACAGACCUAGCAACAGUGAAGUGUCCAUAGACCACCGAGCAGAGAGUGACUUCUGGCAGUACGAGCAUGCGGGCAACAGGUGGCUCCCGCGUGCUCCCCUGCUGAGAGCAAGGAUUGGCUGUAGGCUGGUUCACUGCUGCGGGAAGCUUUAUGCACUGGGAGGACGCGUGUAUGAAGGAGACGGGCGCAAUGCGUUAAAGUCAGUGGAGUGCUAUGACGCCAGAGACAACUGUUGGACAGCAGUCAGUCCUAUGCCUGUAGCCAUGGAGUUUCACAGCGCUGUGGAGUACAAGGACCGGAUAUAUGUUCUACAAGGUGAAUACUUUUUCUAUUUCGAUCCCCGAAAAGACUAUUGGAGCCACCUUCCAUCCAUGUGCGUCCCUCGAAGCCAGGGCCUGGCUGCCUUGUACAAGAACUGCAUCUACUACAUCGCUGGCAUCUGCCGAAACCACCAGCGUACCUUCACCAUGGAGGUCUACGACAUUGAGAAGAACACUUGGAGCCGUAAGAGGGAUCUGCCUUUUGACCAAGCCACAAGCCCAUACAUCAAGGCCAUGCUGCUCCAAGGCAAGUUGCACCUGUUUGUGCGAGCCACGCAGGUCAUGGUGGAGAAGCACGUGUUUCGUACCAGCCGCAAGAACUCCCUUUACCAGUACGACGACGAGGCUGACGCAUGGACCAAAGUGUACGAGACGCCCGACCGCCUCUGGGAUCUGGGCCGCCAUUUUGAGUGUGUGGUGGCCAAACUCUACCCACAGUGUUUGCAGAAAGUGCUUUGAUGAAGGGGAGAGUUGGUCAAACCCAGUGGAUGUGGCGGAGGGAGUAGUCUGAUCGUGCCUGCCCUGUGCCUGGUGUUUCCUUGGGUGUCUACCACAAGGACAUUUUUUUUGUUAGGUCUUACGUUGUUCAAUGUUUGGUUCUAAGUGAUCAAAUAUGGGGUGCUUUUUAAAAAUUGCAGUAUUUUUUUUUUUCUGUCCAACAGCACCGACACGAUGCUAACAAAACCGUACAAUGAAUCAUAAGUGCAAUUAUACUAUAUUUUGCUUAAUGUUGAGCCAUUCUAUUUUUGUUUCAGAUGCAUAUAGCUAUAGGACAUUUACAAAUGAUAAGCAUGCAAGUGAGCGCCAUGAGGGCAAAUGAAAAGUUCCCUCUGGAGCUGUGGAUGUUACAUGUCCAGAUCUCUCUAUAUAAAUAACUAUAUAAAGUCUAUAUUCAUACGGGUAAGGUGACAACCGUAGCUUAGUUCUAGGUUUGGCUCAAAAAUGUGUGUGUGCGUUUUUCCCUGUUUAGUCUUUCUGCAACUCAUUUGACAGAAUUUUAAUUUGAUGUGUGCUGGACAUUUACAUUACUGUUUUGAUCCUUGUGUAAUACUUUUAUGACCCUCAUCUGUCAGUGUGUCAAACAAAACCCCUCUGUGUUGCUCCAAAGCUACUUUUAAGUUGUUAAACAUUUUAGUUGCAUGGAGCCUCAUGUUUUAGGUUGGCAUCCAUUUUGUGUCGUGUGAACUUACCUUGUGAAAUUGAAAGUGAACACUCACUCUCCACAUUGGAGAAAUAAGGAGUUAAAUUGUGGCAACACUUAGUGGAAAGUUGAGACCAACUAACAGGCUUACCUCAGAAGUCUCCGAUAUUUGACAAAGAGAAAAGGGACAUUUAGGCAAAUGUGCUAUAGUAAGCUCUAUUGAGUUGAAUUGCAUCUUAUUGGCCAAAACAAGCAUUAGAAUACUUGUUCUGGUAGAUCUGGACAAAUUAUUUUGUGGUAGCAAUAACUUAAACUAACAGAACUGUGAUUAGGCUAUAUAUUCUUACCUUAGUAAAGUGCAUUAAUUGUGUGUGAGAAUCGCCAACAUUCUUACGUUUGGCUGUUGCAUGGGUACAGACUUGAAGUGAUCCGUAAUUCAGCGCAGAUCAUCUGGGAUGCCAAUGUGCCUGUGGCUUGUAAGGAGGCAUCAGAAUCAAUAACUGUUUCUCCUGAUGAAGUAAAGUCUUAAAUCAGCUUUGCACUGAAUCACUCUCCACUUCAGUGGUCCUUCACUGCAAACCUUCCCAAGCACCCUCCUCACGCCACAGACUAUAGCGCAGUGAGUGAGGGUGACCUGGCCUGUGUCCAAUGCAUCAACAGUCACCAAUCCAUCUCUUCAUGACAUCACACGAGGACACUACUGGUGCUGCUUUUUGAUUUGUGACAAUCUCUUGUAUAGAAGUAAUCUCACCACUGAGUGGCGUUCCUUGUCAAUGUGACAUUGUCAGUGGCGUCAAUGUCCUCAUGCAAGUACCUGUGUCAUCUUUGCACUACAUCUUUACAUCUUUGUUAUCUUAAAGAAGUUUACCCCUCGAUAACAGGUUCUCCUAUAGCAAUCAUCUAAGGGAUUUUUAUGGAAAUGCUAACAUUUAGUAAAGACUUGUUCAAACUUCUCCAAGAGAAGAACCAAUGCUAUUUUUAAAUUGACCUUUGGCUUGGACAGUGCCCUAACAAUAGCCCACAUCAAGAAGAAGCAAAGGUUUGAGCUCCAUCCACAUGUCUAUGGACGGCCAUUGGAGAACUAGAAAGACAAACUCUCAGGAUCUACUGAUACACAGUACUGUAUUUAAAUGUUUUGUUAUGUGUAAUAUACUGUACCAUAGUUUUGCUGUACUUGCACAGUUUUCUAAACUCUUCAGUUUCUUUUUAUAACUUGAAAAAUAGAUGUGACUUCUUUGUUGUCUUCAGUGGCUGUUUUCUUUUAGUUAUGUUAGUGUUUCUUCCCCUAUAAGAAUUAUUCACAAAAGUUAUGCAUUUUGAUUGUUUUUUUCUCUUCUGUAGAAUAGUGGCAUUUUAUUUAACACAAUUUUAAAAAGCAUUACACAUCACACUUCUUCAUAUUGUCUUCUCCCCACACCAGUCACAUUGUACAACAAGCUAACAGACGACUGUAUGUGUUCAUUUGUUGUGGUCUUAAGUCUCGAAGCAUCGCAGUUCAUUUUCUUGCCAUCCAUUUGCAUCAUUGAUCUAAUAGGUGCUGUAGCAUUGUGCCAGCAAUGCACUACAUUUCUUUCCUGCUUUUACUUUGCUUGGUUUGGUUUGUCUGGGUUAUGGAAUUUAAUGGUGGUUGAGCUCAACUGUGAAAUUCACAUUGCACAUAAUUUGAAAAUAAAAUAACUGAAAAUA